AUGAGCAUUCACAAAGCUUGGAAACUUAACAUUGAACUUGCGGUAAAUAAACUUAAAGAGCUUGAGGGUGAAGGCACGGCCAUAACAGAGGUAUCCUCAGUGUACAGCCUCUCAGAAAAUCAAGACUACAUCACAGCAAAUGAACUCACGGCCUUGUAUGACAAUGGCCUGUGCAUUGUGUUUGAGGUGAAAAAGAAGCCAGAGUUCAGCUUUGACGCUUUGAUCUGUUUCUUCAUCGGUAUGUGUCAGGUCACCCUUGGAGUUCUGGUUUGUGCCCUGUCGUUUGGCGCUGCAACCCAGAUUGGCUUCAGUCUCAUCUCUGAAGGAGUCUCCGACAUGAUUGAAGGGAUAACUGGCAUGAUAUCGGGCACGUUCGAUUGGGCGCAAUGGGCCAUCUCCAAAAGCAUCAGCAUUGGGAUGUCUCUGCUCUCCGCAGGGUUCAGCGCCAUUAAAAAAGUUGCCAUCACAGCAUAUAAAGUCCUCAAUGUCUCACUAUACAUUGGCUCUGCAGUACCUAAAGGAGCUUUGCAGAACCGCAGCAAUUAUAAAAUUGACUCAAAGCUUGAACAACAAAUGAAAGAUUUAGUUCAAGUUAUGACAAAAGAUCUUAUUCCUGGCCUCAUGACUGAUGCCACCACAUCCCAAGUCAGUGAUGUUAUCAGCAGACUCUCUGAGGUGUGCAAUAAUGCAACUGACCUUGUGGAAAAAAGUGGGACACAUUUGAUUGCAAAAGGAGUCAAAAUAAGUGUAGAAAUAGCUAAACACACCACAACCUUGGUCCAAAUGAUUCAAUCCAUUCCUACAGAACAUGUUAUCAAUGACAUAUUUGUCCUCGAAUUAAAAAAAGAAAUUGAAGAGCAGCAAAGAAAUCUGGAGCAGUAUGACCAAGAUGGCAGACAUGACUUACCAGAUGUGAUUCGACUGAAGGAUGAGUUCCUAAGCUCCAUUUCGGAAAGUGUCUCCCAAGCAUUCAUAGAUGCUUGUGCUGGUCAUAUGUCCGACUUUGUGACGCGACCAUUCAAGAAGAAGGUCAAUGCAGUCACUGGAAAAGUUGUUGACAAAGUAUUUGGCAGACACAAAACUGAGGUCUUUUUCCAGGACCGGCAGCAUAAACAUGAUAUGAAGUCAGCCAGUCAGAAGACUGGGAAAGCUCUGUCAGAGACUGAAACAAAAGAACUCCUGGACUAUGCAGAGAAGAUUGGUGAUGUUAAUAGACCAGCCUCGGCCCUGGACAUUUAUGUCCUCACAAACAGUGACCUGCUCCAUGGUAAAGGCAUCCAGUUCAAAGUGGUGGAUCAACAUGGGAAAACACUCUUAGAGGAGUCCUACCCGGGAACGAACAGCUCAGCCGGCCAAAUCACUCUACAGCUGACCAAAGAGCCUGAGGAAACACACAGUGAGAAAGGAAUCCUCUCUAAAGCAAAAGACAGAAUCCAAGGAGUGGAAAAUCCAUACAGUGGUCACUCGACAUCAUCCAAGAUGGCAAAAGUAAUCCCUGUGCGCUCAGAGAACCAGAACUGCCUGUACCAUGCCCUAGUACAGUCAAUAUCUAACGGGUCAGAGGAUGAGAUCAAGAGUCAAGCUGUGAAUCUACGAAACAAUGUUAAAGACCAGAUCAAAGGGAACCUUCAUGCUCAUAGUGAAAUGGUAAAAACACAGAAGGCCUAUGAUGCACUCAAGAAAAAUCAUGGAAAAUAUGCUAUAGUUGGAGGGGUAGGGCCGACAGCACAGACGAGUGAUGAUGAGGAAUAUGGUCACGAUAUCAGUCCCAUGAAGUAUAUUCCUUAUAGUUCCUCAGGGGUAAAUGAGGAGGACAUAGCCUAUGCGUACCAACUUGGAUCAGUUGGUCCUUACAAAAGAGUCAAAAACACCAGACUUAUCUCUGAAUACAUGGGGGAAAGAGGAGUUCCCUGA